AAUGUAUUUAAGUGAUAACCAAAUUUAGUUAAUUUAGUGGGAAUUAUGGGAGAUUAUGUGAGCGCUGUUAGUACGAGUGCGUUGGUCGGUUCGGUUCGUUCCUUUAACAGCUGAUAACUUUUUGAAAUCAGUACUGCAGUACACACGGCUAGUGGCACAUAUUUCUAGUUACACUUGAACUUGACAGGCGUUUGAAUGUGAAAACAAAUAUAAAAAUUUCAAAUUUGAAACGCAGUGAAUAACAAAGCUAUAAAACUAAAUUUGUCUCAGAUAUGCGCAUUGCCAAGAAAAUUUUAAAUAAAACCAAAUUAUCUCAGAAAAUAGUGUAAAACCCCGCACUCCUGCUUAGGUGCAGAAUUUUUUCAAACCAUAACAGAAAUGUGACGUGAAUGCUUUAAUAGUGCAGUGCAGUUUCCGGCGAGGAGUGGGUAUACAUAAGCUUGUAACGAGCACAUUACAAGAUAAUAUUUUAUCUCGCAAUUUUCAAACUCAUGACACCAUGUUGCUGCAAGUAUUUACAACAAAUUGAACAGAUGUCAACAACUUGGACAAUAAAUUAGUCAAAUUAUGGCCAAGUAAAAAGCAAAAUUUCAACUGAAUCAACCGGCAAUGCUGGUUGGGCAUGGGGAAACAUAAUAAUACAAAUUUGAACAAUGGUCGUAUAUACCAGCCAACAACGGUGCCGAUUAUAGCGCAGAAGAAGGCGUUUAUAUUCUCACAUAAAAGCGCCACAGAAACACCUGUAACUGAAACCAAAGAAAAGAAACCACGACACGACAAAAGUGAUUUGGGUGAACAUUUUAUAGCGCCCGAUGGUGGGUGGGCUUGGUUGGUAUGCGUAGCCGCAGGCAUAUCAAACUUGUCAAUAUAUCCAUGUGUACUGCAGUUUGGCUUGAUAUUCCGAGAUCAAAUGGGCGUACUGGGUUUAACAAGCUCUCAAGUAACUACAAUUAUUAACACAAAUCCAGCUAUCUCAGCCUGCUCAGGUUUACUGAACGGUCCAAUGUUUCGACGCUUCUCUUUUCGCCAGGUAGCGUUAAUUGGUGCGCUUUUUAUAUUUGUCGGCAUUAUACUGAUUGGAUUUUCGGAAACUUUUAUGGGUUACAUGUUCUCUUAUGCGCUGUUGUUUGGCUUCGGUAUGGGCAUAAGCGUUUCUGCUUCAUCUUUAGCCAUUAACACAUAUUUUCAGCAUAAACGAAGAAAAGCUUGUGGUUUCUCAUGGACUCUUACAGGUCUUGGUCCAAUUGUGCUUCCAUAUAUAGUUACAUUGCUACUUUCGAAUUAUGGUGUGCAGGGAACUGUAUUCAUUUUUGCUGCGUUUUCGCUACACGCGGUAGUUUGUGCCUUAAUCUAUCAGCCAGUGCGAUAUCAUACAAAAAAACAAGAAAUCAAAACAUCCUGCAAUGAAGCACUUUCAGAAGACGCUGAAAUACGAUGUAAUUUUUGUAACCUGCAGGAGAUGAAAGAAACUGGAAUAUUCUCAAGUCAAUAUCUUUAUCAAGAUGAUGAUGUUGACAAUCCAGGGUAUGAAAUUAUUGAACCUGGUACUCCAAUGUUGUCACGUGCAAAUGACGGAUGGUUCGGUUCUAAGUUAUCAUUAACUUCGGGGCGUCCACGUUUUAAAACAAUUUCAAGUUCUAAAGACUUGGAGACUACAAAUAGAUAUAAAGAAGUUAUUUCAGAGGAAGAACAAGAGCUUGACGAAUUUUUUAAGCCUAACAAUUUCAAUAGAGAGCGAGAAGAGGUGUUUAAGCGCACAAAUAGUGUAAAUAGAAGACCGUUGUUUUCACAGAUAAGUAAGCCAGAUGUAGAAAGUUGCGAACUACGUUGCACCUGCCACGAGAUGAGAGCUCUUACACAAAUCCAGGCAGAACUGCAAUCACAAAGCACGCAGAGCAGAAAGGUCUCUCUAGCAGAUCAAUGUAAGUCUGGAGACACUGCUGUAAAGGACUACACCUUUUUGCAGAAGGUUGUUGCAUUUUUCGACCUGAAUCUGUUGCGUGAUUUUACAUAUGUGAACUUAGUAUUGGGUUUGACUUUUAUUAAUUUCGGCGAAUUAAACUUCUCUAUUUUAACACCCUUUAUUUUGAGUGACUUUGGUUUUACAACGUCACAAAUCACAUUAGCAAUGUCCGUGCUGGCAGGUGUAGAUAUAACCAUGCGAUUUUUGGUGCCUUUCUUAACUGAAAAAAUUCCAUGGGACAAUAGAGUAUUUUUCCUAAUUGGUGUUGUUGGCAUAGCAUUAGGUCGAACUGUUGUUGCAGCUACGAGAUCAUUUACAAUGCUUCUCGCGUGUUUUUCUUGGCUGGGCAUAUUUAAAGGCAUACGCACAAUAUUUUGGCCGCUAAUUAUUCCCAGUUACGUGCCACUGAAUCGAUUACCUGCUGCAUCAGGACUGCAACUAUUGAUAUCUGGAAUAUUCACUUUAGCUGCUGGUCCUUUUGUGGGGCUCAUACGUGAUCGGUUUAAUUACUCGGUAGCACUACAUUGUCUGGAUCUAAUGACAUUUAUAGCUGCUACAUCAUGGACGGUCGAAGCUUUGGUACGUCGCUACCUACGCAAACGUAAACGGAAACAUGUGCGAACCGCUGAUGAAAGUUAACUGAUCUGCUGGCUUAGUGCCAGCGCAAGCUUCAAGCUUCCUCAAUACUGGCCAAGGAGGCGAGCGGUCUGCACGUAUAGCAACUUACUUUUCUGCUACCGUGCAUGAUGUGACAGAAUAUUUUGUUCAAAACAAAAGUUCUAUGAAGCUGUAGAUAUUGUUAUUAAUAUGUACAUAAUACAUAUAUAUUGAAAAUAUAUUUUCAUGUAUUCAUGAAGUUUU